AUGUAUCUGGGUUCAGUGAUUGGUAACCUUACACUCUCGUCUAGACGUCUAGAAUUGCUCUACAACCCUCCCAACUCCCCCAACCGCAACAGAGCAGUCAUCGUCAUCGCCCACCCCUGGACCUCCAUCAAAGAACAGUCUCCCGCCAACUACGCCCGUAUCCUCACCGAAGCAGGCUUCACCUGCCUCGCCUUCGACGCCGCCUACCAAGGCGAAUCCGAAGGCGAACCCCGGUACCUCGAAGACCCCGCCCAGCGCGUCGAAGACGUCAAAUCCGCCGUAACAUACCUCAUCAGCCGCAACGACGCAAAUCCCGAUCUUAUCGGCGUGCUCGGCAUCUGCGCCUCAGGAGGCUACGCACCCUUCGCAGCACAUACCGACCUCCGCAUCAAGGCCGUCGCCACCUCUGCAGCCGAUACCUCCAACAUGGAGAUCCUCAAAACACAGUCGAUGUUCACUGGGGAGAAGGUGCCGCUCGUGCAUAUGCUGCCCGAGCGCAUCAAGGAUAUGCCUGCCGAUUACCCAGACUCCUUCCGGGAUUUGGCGGUUUACUAUCGGACCAAGAGGGCGAACCCAUCCGCGCGCGCCGAAUGUCACCUGAUGGCGAAUUUUGAUGCGUUUGCGUUCAAUGAGAUGAUUAGUCUGCGGUCAUUACUGAUGGGUACGGGGUCGACGGCGGCGACGAAGUGGUAUAGUGAGGUUGAGAAGCCUGGGGCUAAGAUUGUGGAGUUUUUUACGUAG